AUGCCCGACACUCCCGCCGAGUCGACACCGCGACCCUCCUCCCUCUCCGGACCCGAGUACCUGAGCGCCCUCGCCCGCUUCAUCAAGCAGCACGAGUCCGCUCUGGCCGCCUACUACGCUCCAAGACCCAAACGACACCAAGUAGCGACCGCCCCAUCCUGGACGACCGUCCUCUCGCUCGGGAUCCUCCCUGGACCCGAAGUCCCUCUCUCCCCUCCUCCACCACCGCGCAAAGACCCGCUCGUCCUCAACUUCGACCCUCACCAUCUCUACUACCUCCUCCUCAAGCUUGACGAGCUGGGGAUUGCAGGGCUGGGGGACCUGGAUGUCAAGGUCGAGGGAGGGACGAGUCGGCCGAUGAUGGUCGAUUAUUCGGCUAUGCCGGGCUCAGCAAGCGGCGGCGCAAGUCUGUUCGGAGGCAUGCCAGGCGCGGGGAUGCUCGGGCUUGCGAAAGGAGACGACGCGCGGUCGGUGCGGAGCGGCAUGUCGAGCUUCUCGUUCGGCUCAGGAUGGUGGGGACUCGGCGGGAAGCAGCCGGUGCAGGAGGACGAGGCGACCAGCGUUCGGUACAUCUACUCGUCAUGCACGAAGCUUCCGGCACUCAAGCUCGCCCCCUUCCGCCUCGUCUCGUCUUCCGCGAACGGCAAAGACACCAUCCCGGCUUUGCAGAAGGCCGUCGACGGCUUCGAAGACUGUCCGCCAGACGCGACUUGCGUCCCCAUGCUCGCGUUCAAGAACCUCCAGUCGCUCGUGCUCGAGGACCUCGACCCGCGAGGAUUCCUCGGAUGGGACGUUCUGAGCGUGCAGCUGCGGAGCCUCGAGGUGCAUCGUGGAGGAGUUGAGGACAUUGGCGAGUUGAUCUGCGAUGCGCCGUGCGAAGACUGGGCGAGGCGGGCGCAGGAGGAGAGGCGGAACAGGCCGGUCGGGACGGAGCGUCGAAGACGGGUGGAGGGCGCCAUGGAGUCCUCGCUCGCUGCUCUCCCCGCUUCCAAUGGCGACGCAGCCUCUACGGCCUCACCCUACCCGACGCCGCCAAAACUCGCCUGGUCCUCGCUCCGUCACCUCUCGCUCUCCGACAACUCGCUGACCUUCAUCCCCUCCACGCCACUCACCUUUCUCCCGACACUCACUUCUCUCGACCUAUCCUCGAACCUGCUCAUCUCUAUCCCCACCGGUCUGGCACACCUCACCUCCCUCCGCUCGCUCAACCUCCGCGACAACAUGAUCGACUCGCUGCUCGGUAUCUCGCAAGCUAUCGGCGCCGUCGAAGUACUCAACCUUUCCGGCAACCGCAUCGACAACCUCUCGGGUGUCGACCGCCUGCCUGCGCUCGUCAGGCUCGACGUCAGGGACAACAACGUCCACGAGGCGCUCGAGGUCUCGCGGCUCGCGACGCUGCCGCACUUGCGCGAGGUCUGGGUUGCCGGGAACCCUUUCGCGAGGAAGCCGAAGGAAGGGGGCGAGGACAAUUGGCGAGCAAAGUGCUUUGGCUACUUCCUCGAGGAAGAAGCGCACGGGCACCGUGAUGCGACCGUCGGCGAGAUCUGGAUUGACGGGGCGGUGAUCUCGUCGAGCGAGAAGAAGCUCGUCGAGGCGGACUUUCGCAGGCGCGGGACGCCACUUGGCCGGCGACGGGCGAGUGCUGGAGCGGCAGAGAGGGUGGCAGAGUCGAGGAACGGGCAGGCAAAGGUCGUUGGCAGGCGAGUCGUCACGACGCCGCAUCGCGCUCACGCGCCAGCUCGACCUGCUUCGCCCCCGCCUCCGCUGCCAAACGUUUCUGCGGGCGCGCCGACACCUGAUGCCGCGCAGCCAAGGCAGUCGCCAGUCAAGCCGAAACGGCGCAAACCUCGCCGCAUUGUCGACCUCGACGCCGACCCUUCCCACCCCGACUCACCUCGCCCUUCCAUCCAGGUCCACACAUCCGACAGUGACACUCUCCCCUCUUCCGGCGCCGAACGCACGCGCGCCCUUCCAGCCGGUUCUUCCUCCUCUCCCGCCAACUCACUUCGCAACACCACCUCGUCCUCGCCCUCAAAGCGCCGCGAACAUGUCUCCCUUGGCACGUUCCACGAGCCGGCGUCGCCCGAGUCGGGCGGCGAGGCGUUCAGGAAACGCAUCGAGGCGCUGCGGGACGAGGUGGGCGAGAGCUGGUUGAGCGUGUUGGGCGAGCGAGAGGCGCGGGCGGAGCUGAAGCGCAAGGAGCUGGAAGAGCAGCGCAGAAACGGAGCGGCCGAGUCGUCUAGCGCGCCGACGCUCGUGAAGGGUACGCCGAAGCCGGAGCAGGCGAAGGAUGUUGAGGUCGUCGCGCCUGUGCCUGUCAAGCCUGAGGAGGCGCCCGUCGAGCCCGCGACGUCGCCUGCGGCAGAGGUUGCACCUGUCGUUGCUCGUCUCGAAGACGAAGCGAAGACGCCGGCGCAGGAAGAAGGCGACAAUGGCGAGACGGCCAAUCAUCCGUCUGGUCCGUCCGCACCGGUCGCAGAAGCCGCAGAGCCCGAAGCGAUCCCUACAGUCGUCAAGAGCGGGCGGAAGAAGAAGGGCAAGGGGAAGAAGAAGGGAGGGCGGUGA